AUGGUCUAUGCUCUUGCAAGAGUGGCUUCUCAUUGGAUUCGAACAAUAACUGUAUCGCAACUUGCAAUAAUCUUUGCACUUCUUGCUCUACUUCUAAUGGGCAAAACUGCACUGCAUGUAUCACAAAUGCAGAGUUAUCUGGAAUUACUUGCUCUUGCACACCGAAUUCUUCAUAUGACUCACUCCCCCCUUUAAAUUGGAAGAAUAAAUUUUGUUCUUAUUUAAAGUGGGGUUGAAUUUUUUUCAAAAUUUUGUUUUAUGAAGAAUUAUUCAAAAUAAUAAUCGAUUCAGUGCUAAAUAAUGCAUUUUUAUCAUAAUGUUAGGUUAAAAAAUAAUUCUAUAUAUUAUUUUUACAUAUAAAAUUUUAUAUAAAAAAAGUUGUUCUAUUUGAAGAGAGUAUAAAGCACCCAAAAAUAUAAAAUAACCAAUAUUUUGAUCCAGUUUAAAGGGUGGAGUCAGCUUCAAAAAGCUGUCUCUGUAACUCUGGAUACACAUUGUCAAAUAGCAAAUGUGUGGUCUGCAAAAAGUAUUUAG